AGUCAGAUAUUUUUUGUACAAUUCCAACGUAACUUGAAGUGGGCGCACACAUCUACAAAUUUCUGCAAGAAACGUGUGAACGCGGCUUUAAUUAUUAAAUAUAUAACUUUGAUUUGUGUGUAGCAGUUAAGCAAGAAGAAAAAACAGCAAAAUGGCUUUAAGCGAUGCUGAUGUACAGAAACAGAUCAAACAUAUGAUGGCUUUCAUCGAACAAGAGGCCAAUGAAAAGGCUGAAGAAAUCGAUGCUAAAGCCGAAGAAGAAUUCAACAUUGAGAAGGGACGUUUGGUACAACAACAACGUCUCAAGAUCAUGGAAUACUACGAAAAGAAAGAGAAACAAGUUGAAUUACAAAAGAAAAUUCAAUCGUCGAACAUGCUCAAUCAAGCUCGUUUGAAGGUCCUUAAAAUUCGUGAAGAUCAUGUUGCCAGUGUUUUGGAAGAUGCCCGUCGUCGCUUGGGUGAGGUCACCAAAAAUCCCGCAGAAUACAAAGUUGUUUUGCAGAAAUUGAUCUUGCAAGCUUUGUACCAGACCAUGGAACCCACUGUUAUUUUACGCUGCCGUCAAGUUGAUGUUGGUCUUGUCAAUGAAGCCUUACCCGUCGCCAUUGAUUUGUAUAGGCAACAACUUAAUCAAGAUGUUAAUGUUACCAUUGAUACCGAUAACUAUUUGCCUGCCGAUACAUGUGGUGGUGUUGAGUUGAUUGCUUUAAAUGGUCGUGUUAAGGUUCCCAACACUUUGGAAUCCCGCUUGGAAUUGAUUUCACAGCAAUUGGUGCCCGAAAUACGUAAUGCCCUCUUCGGUCGUAACGUCAAUCGUAAAUUUGCCGAUUAAGUAUCUUAAUUUUUCAUUUAUUUUCUUUCUUCUACUUGUGUGCAUAAAUUUAUUUAGCUUACAACAAAAAAUAAUCAUUAUAAUAAUAAUUAGAUAAAAAAGAAAAUGCAAACAAAAUAAUUAAUAAUAACAACAACAGCAACAAAUAACAAAGAAAAAUGCAAAGAAAAAAGCAAAAGAAACCAUUAACGAACUAAUCAACUCCUCCUGAUUCCCCAUAAAACCAAAUAAUUAUUAACAUACUCUUGCAACAGUUUGCGUUUAAAUAUUAAGAGCAUGUUCUGAAAUAAUCAUAACUAUUGUUUGGUUUACUUUUUUAAACUAAUUUAUUUUAGAUAUUUUGUGAAUGUUUAAAAUAGUUAAAUGAACUCAUUAUACAAAAAGAAAAAGGAAAACACUGUUUAAUUAAGUUUUGUUUUCUGCAAACACAAGAUAAUAGUUUAAACAUAAAAUAUUAUUAAAACAAAACAAGUUAUACAUAUUUAAACAUAUUUACUUAUACUAUAAAACAAAAAAAAAAAAAGGAUAAAACUACUAACUAAACUACCUACUAUGUUAAAACAUAUAAAACAAAAAUUAAUCAAUAAUUAAACUACAUUUAAACAUUCCUGUACAAAAAAAGAAAACGAAAAAAGACAAAAAAAUAUCCUUUAAAAUUUUAUGUAAAAUGUUAAAAACAACAAAGUAUUUGUAGGGUAAAAGUGGUACUUUUUUCAUUUACUCUUUUUUUUCACAUUUUUAAAUUUAAAAUUUUGUUAAAUAUUUUUAAGUUUUGUUUUUCUUUCUAAAACCUUUAAAAGCUAAGCUGUGUUAUGUUUUUGUUAAACUAUGUGUAAAGCUUUAUUUAAAAAUAACAACAACAACAAAAAAAGAAGACAAACUGCCAAAAAAACUAGUUAAAAUAUCUUUUAAAAACAACAACAAAUUCUAUAAUAUUUUUCUCCUGAUAGAUUUCUUGUGUUAUAACUUUAGGAUACAGCAUCCUUUAUGUUUUAUUUAUGGAAAUUUUUGUUUAAAAUGUAAUGGAAAUUUCUCUAUUUAAAAUGUAGAGUUUCUUAAAGUAAACAUGAAAAAUCUAUAAAUUUCAUUCUCUUAACCCAAAAGAAAAACAUCUAACUAAUGUGUGUGUGUGUGGGUUUAAAACUUCUUCUCUUUCUAAAGCAUGCUUUUAAAACUCCCUAAAUUGUUGUCUAAUUAAAGUAAAACUUUGUCGUUUAGUGUACAACUCACUAAAUUUCUUUUUUUUUUUUUGGUAAUUUUGUUUUUAAUCAACAGUUUUUUUAAAUAAAUUAUCUAAAUGUUUAAUAGUAAAAAAUUAAAAAAAAAAACGUUGGAAAUUAAAAUUCUAUAACAUCUUGUAAAAUCUGAGAAAAUCAUUAUAUA